AUGGCCAUGGUUUUGGUAGGACCAUUUGCUUAUGUACUUGAAAGGAAGCAAAGGCCUUCACCCUCGUUUUCUGUAGCUGCCAAAAUUUUUGUGCUUGCAUUAUUUGGAACCACCAUCCAUCUGAAUGUGUACUAUGCUGGUUUAGAAUACACUUCUCCAAAAGUUGCAUGUGCCUUGACUAAUGUUAUUCCUAACUUGACAUUUCUAAUGGCAGUUCUACUUGGGUUGGAGAAGUUGAAGAUUAGAACUGCUAGAGGUCAAGCUAAGGUGGCUGGCACACUUUUCUGCAUUGGUGGUUCUCUUGUUUUCCCUUUCUGGAAAGGUGGAUACCUAUUUAAAGGUUUUGUAAAGAGGCCAUGGAUAAAUAUAUCUGUUGCUAAGAUGAGGCUUGUUAAGGAAAACUGGAUCAAGGGGGCUCUUCUUAUUCUGACGAGUCACAUUGCAUGGAGUGCAUGGCUAAUCCUCCAGGUGAUUUUAUAA